AUGACAAUGGAUCAAUAUAAAACAAUGAAAAUUAUACUUCAUUAUGAAUCUCCACAUGGUCAGAAAAAGAAACAAUGUAAAUCACUAGAAAGACUUGAUGGUGAUAUUAAAUUAUUAAAUCAACAAAAAUAUCGACUGGAAUUAGUUUAUCUUAUUCGUAAAGGCUAUGAAUUAUUACGUGGAUCUGAACAAACAUUUACUACUAAUCAGCAAAGUGUAUUAGAUCCUAUUGAAGGUUUAGAACAAACAAUAAAAAAUCAUUCAACUAAUGAUAAUUAUUUAACAGAUUUACUUACAGAUCUUACAGGUCAAAUAAAAGCUGCAUUUUCUCGAUAUGAUUGGUUCGCAAAAUGGGGUAUUCAUUAUUUACCGAGUAUUACACGUGCUCAUUUACUUCAACAAUGUAAUAAUUUUAAAGAUCCAGGUGUUCAACAUUAUGGUCAAGGUCAAUUAUUUAAUACAGUUCGAGAUGAAAUGGAUGCUAUAUUUUGUAGUUUACCAGCACCAAAACGAGCAAAUUCUGGUGCAACUAUUGAUAUGUCUGUUUUUAAUAAUUCAGAUAAUCCAUGUUUUCACGGUUCAUGUACAGUUAAGCUUUUUGAUGGUUCAAUUAAAUUUGUUAAAGAUAUUCGACGCGGUGAUCGAUUAUAUCCACAUGGCGGUACAAUUAAUUAUAUUUUAAAAACAAUUUGUAAUAAUCAACAAGCACAAAUGGUUUUACUUGAUACUGGUCUUAUUAUAACACCAUGGCAUCCAAUUCGUUUGAAUGGUAUUACAUGGAUAUUACCUUGUUCACUUGUUCCAUCUCCAACGAAUAUUACAUGUGAUGCAGUAUAUAGUUUUGCUUUGGAUCAAGGACAUACAAUAUGGAUAAAUGAUAUUGAAUGUGUUACAUUAGGUCAUGGUUUUAAAGAAGAUAUUGUUCGACAUGUUUAUUAUGGAAAUGAACGUGUUAUUGAAGAUUUGAGAAUUAUGGAUGGAGAACAAAAUUGUACAGGUUUUAUCGAAAUACAACCAAAAUGGUUGAUUAGAAAUAAACGAACAGGUCUUGUUAAUGGUAUUCGACAACCUGAAAACAUUGAUAUUAUUUCUAAUUAA